UGGUGAGAGCGCAAGAGGUACUUCCCCAAGCUCCGGCACCCCCACAGGGGUACUUGCCGUGGUCACAGCUCGGGGGACCACGCUACGGCGAGGACUCCUGCGGGUGGCGCGGCGCUCGGCCAGGGCUUGCCGGGAUCCCUCUCCGCGUCCUGUGCGCGGGAAUGAAUACCUCUGGUUAGUGGCAACGAGAAACCCGGAAUUCCUGCCCUGCCACACAAUGACAGGUCUCCGCUGCUCACUGUGACCCCUUCAUGCCUCCAAAACCAGUAACACCUGGGUGACUCAUAUAUACCAAGUUCGGCUGCCAGCAUGAGAUGUAGCCUUGGAGCCUCUGGACCACAGCUUCUGUGUGCUGACCGUGAGGAAAUACUCCCAGAAGACUUCACCUAAAUGAUGUUGGCCUGUUCUUAAUUUUCUCAAUUGAUAGUCCUUCUCCUCAAAUGACUCUACCUUGUGUCAAGUUGACAUAAAACUUACCAAGACAAAAAUCAAAACGAUGUCCUGUUGUUGUAAUUUUGAGACAGGGGUUUGUCCAAGCUGGCUUCACAACUAUGAGACACCUGCCUCAGGCUCCAGAGUGCUGGGGUUGCACAUUUGUGCCACUAUAUUCAGUACAAAAUUGACCUUGUGGCUCACUCAUGUCUUUCUAGUGUUUGUAGCAUUGCUGGCUAAUGUUCUAUGAUAGUGUAUUUUAACCUUUUCACUACAAUAAUGAAAACCCAUAAAGAUGCCAAUUAGUGUGUAGCAAAAAUAAUCAGAAUAAGAUACAAUUCAGUGUUCAUGCUACCACACCAGUGGGAGCCAUUUUUUAAUCUACUGUUUUUAGAGCUACAAUGAGAUUAGAAAAUCUCCACCAAUCAAGAAGUCUAUUUAUUGUGAUGACAGCCUUUUUAAGAGGAAAAACAAGUUUUAUGCGUGGUAGAGUAUAGACAGGUUAAGUAAUUUCUUUUUUUUUUUCUUUUUUCUUUUGGUUUUUCGAGACAGGGUUUCUCUGUGGUUUUGGAGCCUGUCCUGGAACUAGCUCUUGUAGACCAGGCUGGUCUCUAACUCACAGAGAUCCGCCUGCCUCUGCCUCCCAAGUGCUGGGAUUAAAGGCGUGUGCCACCAUCACCCAGCAGGUUAAGUAAUUUCAUAUGGUCACAAUAUUUAAACCCAGUUUUAAAUGCCUUCAAAGUUUGCUUUGUUCAUGUCCCCUCAAAACCCACGUGUUUAAAUAUUAAUAACCAAUGGUUGAGGAGAUGGAACCUUUGAAAGGUGAUCCUAUCCUAGAGCUCAGCACAUAUGUAUGGGAUAGUGCUCCAGCUGCCUUGCUCCUCAUACCAUGGAAAAGCAAGUCCAAUGUGCCAUCCAUGAACUGAGAAGCAGGUUCUCCCGAGACAUUGAGUGUCUGCCCUCUUGAUGUCCAACUUUCUGGUUGCUCCCAGCAUCACUUUGGAGCUGUUGCAGCAGCCUGAAGAGAAUGAGAUACCCAGCCCCUUCUCAUCUCUGCCCGUUAUACCUUACACUUGCACAUCGCAGCCCAUAAUUGAAAGAAAUUAUGGUAGAAGCAAGGUGGUUCAUUGAGAUGGGGGAAGGUAGCUAUGAUUCUUCAGUUUCCUAAGUUUACAGGCUUAACAACAUGGGGAAACAGUAGUACUUGAAUUGUUCUGGAAAGUGGUGGUUCUGGCAUUUUCUGAAUGUACUUAACAUGAAUGAAUUUGUCUUCUUUUGUAAGGAGAACUCAAGUUGCAUUCUGGAGUUGACUGCUCAUGGCACACACUCUUAGAGGAUUCUUGUCGGGACUGAAUUUUUUAUUCAUGUGGCUGUUGAUUAAAGCAGAUAUAGAUCCCUGCAAGCGAGGCACAGUGACUGUCAAGCCUUCCCCUGUGAUUCCACUUGGGUCAGCUGUCAAUAUCUCCUGCUCUUUGAACCCCAAGCACCGCUGCUGGAAUCAUCCUGGUUCUGAAUUAGUCCUCUUUAAGUCUAGCCAAGAAGUCCAUUCCCACAAUGGUCGCUCCUCCACUAUUCAAGUCUCCAACCUUUCCCUUGGUAUUACCGUAUUUGUCUGCCGGGUGCGCUGUCCUCAAACUAGUCAGUACUACUCUGUGUGUGGAGCAGAGAUCUCAGUUGGUGUUGCUCCAGACCCACCUCGAAACCUAUCAUGCCUCCAGGAAGGAGAACGUGGGACUGUGGCCUGUACCUGGGACCCUGGACUAGAUACCCAUCUGGAAACCCACUACACUUUACAGUUAACUGGACCAAACAAUAUGACCUAUCAGGACCAAGGCAGUUGUUGGAAUUGUAAUCGCUUGAGUCUUGGGAUCAGUCUAACGUCUCAUUUAGCUGAAUCCAAGUUCACAGUCAGUGUCACUGCCAAAAAUCAGCUUGGAAACUCUUCUUCAUUUCCAUUUACGUUCACGUUGUUGGACAUAGUGAGGCCUCUUCCUCCGUGGGACAUCAGAAUCGAUUUUCUAAAUGCUUCUGAAAGCAGAUGUAUCGUGCAAUGGAAAGACGAGGGGCAAGUGGUGCUCAAUCGACUCAGAUACCGGCCUUCUAACAGCAUGUCCUGGAAUAUGGUUAAUGCUACAAAUGCCAAGGGAAGAUACAGUCUACAGCAUCUGAAGCCAUUUACAGAAUAUGAAUUUCAGAUUUCGUCUAAGCUGUAUCUUUCUAAAGGAAGCUGGAGCAAUUGGAGCAAGCUACUGACAACACAAACACCAGAGGAAGUGCCUGUUGGGACAUUAGACAUCUGGUACAUGAAACAGAACAUCAGCUCUAACAGACAACAGAUCUCUCUUUUCUGGAAGAAUCUGAGUUCCUCAGAGGCAAGGGGGAAAAUCCUCCAGUACCAGGUGACCUUACAGGAGGUAACAAGAAAAAUUACACUGCAGAACAUUACAGCACACACCUCCUGGACUGGGGUCAUUCCCAGAAUUGGGGCUUGGACUGCAUCUGUGUCUGCAGCCAGUUCAAAAGGCUCUUCUACUCCCACUCGUAUUAACCUAGUGGAUCUGUGUGGCACUGGGUUGCUGGCUCCUUCCUGGGUAUCUGCUAAGUCAGAGAACAUGGACAACAUUGUGGUGACCUGGCAGCCUCCGGGGAAAGCUGUCUCUGCUGUUCGAGAGUACAUAGUGGAAUGGAGGGCUCUAGAACCAGGAAGGAAUGUGAGCUUUCCCCCACACUGGCUACGGAUCCCUCCCUACAACACAACUGCUCUGAUUUCAGAGAACAUCAAUCCCUACUUCUGUUAUGAAAUUCAGGUGCACGCACUGUCAGAGGACCAAGGAGGUUGCAGCUCCACCCUGGGUGACUCCAGGCACAAAGCACCUUUGACAGGCCCUCAUAUCAUUGCCGUCACAGAGAAAAGAAAGAGCCUUUUUAUUUCCUGGUCCCACAUCCCAGCCCAGGAACAAAUGGGCUGCAUCCUCAAUUACAGAAUAUACUGGAAGGAACGAGACUCUGCUGCACAGCCUAAGCUCUAUGAAAUUCCAUACAGACACUCCCAAAACUCAUCUUCAGUAAGCAGCCUGCAGCCCGGAGUGACGUACGUCCUAUGGAUGACAGCUCUGACUGCUGCUGGGGAAAGUCCCCAAGGAAACCAAAGGGAAUUUUGUCCACAGGGCAAAGUCAACUGGAAAGCAUUUGUGGCAUCAAGCAUUUGCAUUGCUAUCAUCACGGUGGGCAUUUUCUCAGUUCGUCCCUUCCGGCAAAAGGCACUUGCUUUCCUCUCUACUCUCAGACCUCAAUGGUAUUGCAGAACCAUUCCAGAUCCAGCAAACAGCACUUGGGUAAAAAAGUACCCCAUUGUGGAGGAGAAGACCCAUCUAUCCAUGGAUCUCUUGAUGGCCUGGCCCACUCCUGAAGAGCCUGAGCCCCUGAUCAUCAAUGAGGUCCUUUACCAAAUGACCCCAGUCUUCAAACAACCCUACUGCCCCAAAAGACAAGGGACUCUAAGUCACUCUACCCCUAAGGAAGACACGAUAUAUAUUGCCUCCAGUCCACUACCUACAGGAACUCUCACAGCUGACACAAGACAACUAGUGAAUCUAUACAAGAUGCUAGGAAGGAGAGAACCUGACUCAAAACUGGGCAACCUCACCAAUUCCUUGACAGUUGCCCCAGUGGACUACCUUUCCAGCCAUGAAGGCUAUUUACCCUCCAACAUGGAAGACCUCUCUCCACAUGAGGACCCUUCAACUGAUUCUUUAGAACUGGAUCACCAACACAUCUCUCUUUCCAUUUUUGCAUCAGGUUCUCUUCGCCCACUCACCUUCUGUGGUGAGAGGCUGACUCUGGAUCAGUUAAAGAUGGGGUAUGACUCCCUCAUGAGUAAUGAGGCUUGAUGCUUAGAAAGUCAGUGUAUCCCAUUAAUAUAAUUACUCCAGUGGUCACCAUCUUUGGUAGUAUCGGGACAGUGCAGACAAGCUAGCUGUCUCUAGUUUCACCAUAUGGACUUGCUGCCUUUGAUACCUUGGGUCUAAAAUUUCAAUCCACAAGAACUUGGACUUUGCUGUUUUAUUUCUUUAUAUAUAACUGUGACCUGACUCCGCCCCCUCUUCUGUAUCACCACUGGGUAAGUCAAGUGUCAUUCUAAAAAUUCUCUUUACAAAAAAGAUGGAACUAAAGAUCCAAAACCUUUUUUCUUAAAAUGCCAAAUUUAAUUCUACCCCCAUCCUAUUCUCUAUAGUGACUACUUUUCUGUAUUUGGUAUUUUCAUUUAAUAAAGUUACCUAUUGCAAUUCUGUACUUCCUUUCCUAACCUACCAAAUUAGCAAUGUGUCCAUACAGCCAAGUCCUGCCACCUGUUUUCAGCCUUUGUUUCCUAUGCAAGUCUAGUCAGCUUGCUCAUAAACAUCACUGCUUCCUGCUACUCUGGAAACUAAGUCUGGAAGAGUAUUAUUGGGCUUUCCAUUACAUUUCUAUUCUACCCUACUAACUACUGUCCAGCCAUCAGCUUUGGCAUCUCUGCACCCAUCAAGUGUCCUUAGUUGAUUGCCAUGACAAGGAUACCUUCCCAGAAGCCAGCCAGCCAGCCUGUUACGUACGGUAUUGUUCAGUUUUCUCCUACCCAACUGCUUUUCUCCCUGCUCCCCAGCCCCCAGAAGAUAGUGAAAUCUUAUCAAAGUUCCCCCAACAAUGCCUCUUCCAUGCUUUCCCUCAUCAAGACUCCCCAUGUCACUUUGAUCUGCAACUUGGCAAAGUCUUCCCAGUACAGUGCAUGUCAUCUGUCAC